AGCUGGACCCCGCCUCCAUCUUAGUGUCCCAGAGCUCGUCGGGUCUGCUUCUCCGGUGGGCAGCCGAGACAUGCCCCGCUACUGCGCAGCGAUUUACUGCAAGAAUCGCCGGGGACGAAACCAUAAAGACCGGAAGCUGAGUUUUUACCCGUUUCCUUUGCAUGACAAAGACAGACUUGAAAAGUGGUUAAAGAAUAUGAAACGAGAUUCCUGGGUACCCAGUAAAUACCAGUUCCUGUGUAGUGACCAUUUUACCCCAGACUCUCUUGACAUCAGAUGGGGUAUUCGAUAUCUGAAACAGACUGCAAUUCCAACGAUAUUUUCACUGCCUGAAGACAGCGAGGGAAAAGAUCCUUUGAAAAAAAAACCUCAGAAGAAAAAAUCAGAAGAGAAGGAAGUUUGCCUGCAAGCCAGCCAAGAAGGAUCAUUUGCAUCAAAGGUGACAAGCAAAAAUCUGGACAGAGGUGUGCCACCUAAACACGCAGAAUCACUUCAUUCAUUUGCCUUGGUCACACCACCAGCUCCAAAAGCAGGAAGCAUACAAAAUAGCAUAGUAACUCUCAAUCUAGUUGGACAAGACACAGCAAAACCAGAAUCUACCUCAGAAACAGCAGUUAACCAAGAUACUGAUCUAGGGAGUUUUCACACACCUUUUGAGAAUCUCAGUUCUACAACUGUGACUUUGACAACUUCAGAUUCUGAAGAUGCUCAGCAGUCUUUGGAAACCCAAGAGCUUCUUGAAAAAAACCCCAAUCAUCAUGCUAAUCCAACGCUCACGAAUUCCAUGGAAAUCAAAUCACAGGAAAAUCCGUCCUUGCUCAGUCCAAUUAACCAAACAGUUGAAGAAUUGAACACAGAUAAAGAAUCUGUUAGUGCCAGUUUUGUACCCACAGAAGAUUCUAAACCUGCAAUUAAUUGUUUUACACCUGCCGGAAAAGAAAUUACAGAAAUGGAAGACACAGACAUGGAAGACUCCUUCUGUAGGAAUCUAGACUAUGGAACAGAAGUCUUACAGCUUGAGCACUCUUACUGCAGACAAGACGUAAAUAAGGAAAAUCUCUGGCAGAAGGUCUCUAAGCUGCAUUCAAAAGUAACUCUUCUUGAGCUACAAGAGCAACAAACUUUAGGAAGGUUGAAAUCUUUAGAAGCUCUUAUAAGGCAACUAACACAGGAAAGCUGGCUAUCUGAAGAGAAUGUUAAGGUUAUAGAAAACCAUUUUACAACAUAUGAAGUCACCAUGACAUAAAGAGGUUUAAAGACUUUAACUGCAAAAUCAGAAAUUAUAUGUAAAAUGUAUGCAGUUUUCAUAUUGUUAAAGUUAUGAAAGUCCUGUAAUGUUACAAAUGGCAUUCUAUUCUUGUAAUAAUGAUUAUUUUUUGAGAAAAAGAAAGUGGUUGAGCUGGACAAAAGUUUUGACUACUAGAUGAUAUUCUAAAUUAAGAAACAAUGAAUAAAUAGUCAUAAAGUGAAAGAAUAGUCCAAAAUAGAAGCAGUAGAAGAAUUAGUCUUGAUUCUACAUUAGUAUGUGAUGUGGGUAGGUUUCUCAUCAAGCUACGCUCAGGCCCUAAACCAUCUCCUAAUAGUCUAUUUAUAGUUUCUUCCUUCACUAUUAAGAUAUAUUUAUCAGGACAGGUUUUCUAUAAGAUAAUAUAUACUUAAAUGAUAGUUUUAGAAUUUGACUAAGUAUUGGAUUCUCCUUAAUAUUUAUUGAAUCCUGUGUUGUUUGACUUUGGCUAUAAUUAUAUAUCUGUAAUAUAAUGGAAAAUACAGCUUUUGUUCAGUUUAAACUAAGGAAACACCCAUUAGCUCAAUUCCGAGAAGAGGCCCCUUGAAGUUGAAAGGGUAUUGUAUUUCAGUACCUUGUAAAGUGACUGACUGUUGUAACACGCAGUUAUUUAAUAUUGGAGUAAACAUCGUAUAUACGUAAUUACAUUUGCAUACCAGAAAUUUUAGUGAAGUUGGUUUAAAAUACAUAUUUUUUAGAAAUCAUAGUUUGUAUCUAUUUCUGGAUAGUUACAGCUUUUAAAGUGUCUGUUAUUUCAGAAUAAUAUUAGUAUACCUCACCACGUAAGUAUAAUGAAUUUAAUAAUCAAAAAAUUAUAGAUAAGUGAUGAUCACCAUAGGCAGUUUUCCUGGUAGAACAAAGAAGUGAUGUUGACAAAGACACUGCUUAUAUGCACACAACUGAAGAAAAAGAACUGUAACAGCAAACUGCUCUGUGACAUCACCAGUUUAGACAGAUAUGUUCUCUAAAACUUGGCUGUUGGUAUACUUUUAGUUUACUCAUCUAUUAUAUAAAAAAAAUACCAUUAUUUGUCUUAAAAGAUAGUAUUGAGCAUUCCAUAAGGUGAACAGUAUGUCUGGAAGGUAGGAGGUGCUCAAUAAAUACUGUCUCUGAAAAGCAAAUAAUAUCCUAGUUGCUUCCUAAAUGCAUGAUGCUUUUUUUGUCUACUAGAUUUCACUUGAUUUCUCCAUGCCAGUAACAUCAAUUGAUAUCAUAUGAAAGUUUAUUGGUUAAUUUCAAAAAGCUUAGAGGUCUUCAUUGGUGAACUCGGGGAGAACAGAAUUUUUAAAUAUCAGUUAUAUGUGGAUAAUCAGUAAAAUUAAUACAGUGUUAUUUUUUAAGUAUUACCUUCUCACUUUGCCAGCUUAUGCAAUACAGAUGAAAGUGGCUAAGCCUCGGUGAACUUGUAACAUCUCAAUUCAGUUUUCAACCAUGUACAUAAUAAUUUUUUGUUUGUUUAUAGAUUCCUUAGGAAGGUAUCUCUGUGUCUAGCAGUUUCUUUAAACUUAAUAAAUUGUUUAAGACA